CGCCACCGCCAGCACCAGCAGCACCACCACCAACCACCAGCCACCUCCACCUCCACUAACACGGAGGAGAGCGGAGGAAUAUUUCGCUUAUUUACGGUGUGAUUUGUUGUCGCAUGCGUUUCUCGGUACACAAGCUCGCGUGCACGGCGGCUCCGGUGUCUCGUACUUAAAAAAAAAAAUCGGUACCCUCCGCGUGCGCCUGUUAGCUGCCGUUAAAAGCUGUGUUGUGUGUUUUUUAAAAAAUAUAUAUCUUCCCCUACAAACCGGGCAACAUGGAAAGGAAGUGAAGUUGGCCCGCUUUGAGAACAAUCUAAAGCUGCUAGUGAAAGCUGGUUACGUCAGAACUACUGUAAGCUGAAUUCUGACUGGAGGAAUGGAGUGCCAGUCAGCUGUGCACCAGUGAUCAGGCCAGGAGACUCCAGUGGUGACAUCCUGUGGAGCCAGAGAUCAAAAACUGGAUGACACAUACACUAUAUUGCCAAAAGUAUUCGCUCACCUGCCUUGACUCGCAUAUGAAAGGCGAGGAGGCAGUUUUACCACCGCUGGAACUGAAGAUUGCUUUAAAUAAGCAAGUUGUGCAGAAGGUUUUUAAGUCAUGAUGCAAGAAUCUGGGACGGAGGCCACGAGCAACGGACCAGCCAAUCAAAAUGGAGGAACAAGCAUGGAGGGUGUACCCAGGGAGGGACGACCCAAAAGUGCCACGCCAUCAGUGGAGGUGACUGCGGUGGACCUCCUGCAUCUCCAGCAGCACCAGGCUCUUCAAGUGGCUCGUCAAAUACUUCUCCAGCAGCAGCAGCAGCAACAACAACAGCAGCAGCAGCAGCAGGAACAGCAGCCCCUGUCUCAGCAACUGCAGUCGCAACAAAACACUGGCCGCAAAUCCCCCAAAGCCAGCGACAAGCAGCAAAGCCUGCAGGUUCCAGUGUCAGUGGCUAUGAUGACGCCUCAAGUGAUAACUCCACAGCAGAUGCAGCAGAUCCUUCAGCAGCAAGUCCUGAGCCCUCAGCAGCUCCAGGUUCUUCUCCAGCAGCAACAGGCCCUCAUGUUACAGCAGCAGCAACUCCAAGAAUUCUACAAAAAGCAGCAGGAACAGCUCCACCUCCAGCUCCUACAGCAGCAGCAGCAACAGCAGCAACAUGCAGGCAGCAAGCAGAGUAAAGAGCAGCAGGUGUCAGCACAGCAGUUGGCCUUCCAGCAGCAGCUCCUGCAGGUCCAGCAGGUCCAGCAGCAGCACCUGCUCAACCUUCAGAGGCAAGGGCUGCUCACCAUUCAGCCCGGACAGACCGGCCUGCCGCUGCACUCCCUCACUCAGGGCAUGAUUCCAGCAGAGCUGCAACAACUGUGGAAAGAGGUGACAAAUGCUCACGUGAAGGAGGAGCACAACAAUAGCAGCAACAACGGCCACCGGGGCCUUGACCUGUCCUCCCCGGCACCGCCAAAGAACCCACUCCUCAACCAGCAUGCCUCCACCAACGGGCAGUACAUGAGUCACAAGAGAGAAGGAUCCACGCUAGAAGAACCUUCCCCCCACAGUCACCCUCUCUAUGGCCACGGUGUUUGCAAGUGGCCGGGAUGUGAGGCAGUGUUUGAUGAUUUCCAUUCAUUCCUCAAGCAUCUUAACAAUGAGCACGCCCUGGAUGACAGGAGCACGGCCCAGUGUCGAGUGCAAAUGCAGGUCGUACAACAGCUGGAACUGCAGUUAGCAAAAGACAAAGAGCGUCUGCAAGCGAUGAUGACGCACCUUCAUGUCAAGUCCACGGAGCCCAAAGCCACCCCACAGCCGCUCAACCUAGUGUCUAACGUCACGUUGUCCAAGUCGGCCCCUGAGGCAUCUCCUCCUCUGAGCCUCCCCCAGACCCCCACCACACCCACAGCUCCCCUCACACCCCUAUCCCAGGCCCACUCUGUCAUCACAGCCAACAGCCUCCACAGUGUGGGCCCUAUGCGACGGCGCUAUUCAGAAAAGUACAACAUGCCCAUCUCUCCAGAUCUCAGUCAGAACAAAGAGUUUUACAUGAAUGCAGAUGUUAGACCGCCAUUCACGUAUGCCUCACUAAUAAGACAGGCAAUCCUCGAAUCUCCAGAAAAGCAGCUAACACUAAACGAAAUCUACAACUGGUUCACACGAAUGUUUGCAUAUUUUAGGCGCAACGCAGCAACAUGGAAGAAUGCAGUCCGGCAUAAUCUUAGUCUUCACAAGUGUUUUGUGCGAGUAGAAAACGUAAAAGGGGCUGUGUGGACAGUCGACGAAAUAGAGUUCCAAAAGAGACGGCCUCAAAAGAUCAGUGGAAGUCCAGCCUUAGUGAAGAACAUUCAGACCAGCUUGGGCUAUGGUCCGACCCUCUCUGCAGCCUUCCAGGCUUCAAUGGCAGAAAACAACAUACCUCUAUACACUACUGCUUCCAUUGGAAGUCCCACCCUCAACUCCCUGGCCAACGCUAUCCGCGAGGAGAUGAAUGGAGCGAUGGACCAUGGAAACAGCAACGGCAGUGACAGCAGCCCGGGACGCUCGCCUCUGCCAGCUAUGCAUCACAUCAGCGUUAAGGAGGAACCACUGGACCCUGAAGACCAUGACGGGCCCCUCUCCCUGGUAACGACUGCCAAUCACAGUCCGGAUUUCGAUCACCACAGAGAUUAUGACGACGACCAGGGCCACGACGACAUGCUGUAAGGCUCAGCGCCGCCCCUCCCCAGCCUCAGCGGCCGAGGCAGUCUGGGUCAUCUGGGAGAUGGAAACACUCCGCAGAUAACAAACACUGAACUGCAGUCUCAGCCACUGAUGACAGCUCUCAAAUGUCUCCAAGUUGACUUUUUAGUGCCAUUACAAUACAUAGCAAGAACACACACGCACACACACACACACACACACACACACACACACACACACACACACACACACACACACACACAACACAGAAUCCGCCCUACACGAGGGUUCCUUCUCUUUCCUGAUUUCUUUCUACCUUUGAUUUAAGUAACGCUUUAAAAGUGAAAACAAACUUCCUUUCUACUCAUGUGUUGGAUGGACUUGUUUGGUACGGGGGGCGACGUGUUUCAGAGUUUGGGAGACCCUCGACGUGCAGCCGGGACGGACUGCAUUCAGUGGACUGCAAGAGGGGUUAUGUCUCUCCCCCACCCUCCCCCACUCUCUCUCCCCCCUCCCUCUCUCAGACACACACAUCUGACCAUAGAGUGAAGAGAGAGGGAGAAUGACUGACGUUUAAUUUACACCGUGUGUGUGUGUGUGUUCGUGUGUGUGUGUGUGUGUGUGUGUGUGUGUGUGUGAGAGAGAGAGAGAGAGUAGACUUCUGUUCAUUGUCACUGCCUUCAACACUUCUCAUUGGUUUGAUUCCAUCUCGGAUGGGAGGGAUGUUAUUUUUCUGGGUGUACUUUUUCUUUUUUUUGUUGGGGGGUGAAAAGUUAUAAAUAUCAACAUAAUGUGUCUUCUCCAUCAUUCAGUGCUGUUAUUGAUGUUGCAUCUAUUUUGUUUUCAUUGUUACUUCUUCAAACUGAUCAGACCUCAUGCCCAUGCUGUGGAGAUUCUGUGUGGUCAGCACUUGAUGAUGAAUGUUUAUGAUUUCCUUUCAUGUUGUUCCUUUUAAAACAGACGAAGCACGAAGCAGAAUGUCACAUACCAAGUAGUAUUUUUCUGUCAUUUAUUCCACAAUCUUCCAAAAAAGAAAUGAAAAAAAAAAAAAAGUCACCACUCUGAUGUGUAGCCCACCCCUCACCCCCUACUCUCCCCUUCCUCCCCCCCUCCCUCCUGCUCAUGAAGUCCAUUGGCAAUGCACUACUCAUAAUGAAGGCUCUCUCCACGCAUCAAUGAAGUUUAAUUUAAGAUGCGAAUGAAUGACAGAGAAAUCAUGCAGGUUAUGAUUUAUCCGUAUGAAAUUAUACUUUAAAACAGCCCCUCACAGCAGAGCGUGCUGAGCUGCAACAGAAUUUCUGAUCACUUACAAGCUCCGGGUUUUUUAAAGCAAAAUGAAAAUGUCAGGUGUGCACCGGCGAGAUAAUGAUUUAGACCAACUAAUUGUGAUUCCUGAACACAAGUGUCAUUGUUAAUCAAACGUGUCUGCUUUUUCCACGCUGUAAUUUCAUUCAGUGCUUGAAGAUAAACGUGCAUUCCCUGUAGUUUUAUUUGUAUCACGCGCAUGACUACUUUUAAGUUUUGAGUGUUAAUAAUUGCACACCGGAUGAAAUGCUCAUUUUCUUUCAUCAGGGGAACAAUCCCGAGACCUGCAAUAAGACCUAAACAUUGCACAUUCCAGCAUUUGACAGCCAUCGUAAAGGGCCCAAACAUCCAGUACAUGCCAUUUAGGGAAUGUGGAUACCUCGAUGUUCAAUGCCACCCAAAAAGCCAAUAGUUGUAGUCCACAACAUUGAACUGAGUGGAAUCCACAUGUGAUUUUGUGAUGCAAAUAAAGAAAAAAUUCCAGCUAUGGUAAGAAGUUAAAUUUUAGAGAUCAUGAAUUUCAAGACUGCAAUCAACCACUUUUAUUAUUUUUUUUUAAUUUAUUAUUAGUUUUAUUAUUAUUUGGCUUUUUCUUUUUUUUCAGUUGAUGUGUUUUAAUAUCUUGUUCUGUGACUACCAAAGAUAAACUACAAAGUCAAUGUUGUGUGUUCCAUGCAAUAGCAGAAAAGGCCAAAUAUCUCUCCUGCAUUCUCUCCCAUCAGGCGAUCUCGGCAGCGGUGAUCGAGCCGGUGGCAGAUUGAUUUUGAAGGAAAACGCUCCUCAAACUGGUGUUUUCAUUCAUUUUUUAAGUUUUGAUUUUUCUUUAAUAAAAACCAAAGUGGGUGUCUCGGACAGAACAGCUGCAGUAAUGUUUCGCAGUGACCAAAACUGAAUGGGAGGCGCUGACAGUCUGACUACAUGAUGACCAAAUUAGGGAAACUUUUUUUUGUCGUUGGGGCCAGUGAGUGGAAAAGGGAGCUUUUUGGUCAGGAGUAGAUUUUGUGUGCAACAUAAAGGGUAUGUAGAUAAAGUCGACGAGGAAAAAUAUACUGGUAAAUGGAAAAAGCUUUGCAGAGAACAAUGUGAAACGGAUUCUGUACUUCAACUGGACCACACAAUGAUUCAGUGUUUCUCUUCUUUUAUUCCUUAUCUAUUUGUAUCCUUUGAAAUGAUUGUAUGCCACUUUUUAGGGGUUUUAGUUUCCUUUUGUUAAGAUUGGCAAGACUUUAUGAUUGUGUUUAGUUUCUGUCAACUUAUUACUUUUUAUAUUAAAAAACACUCCUGUCAACUAAUAAGCUGGGUACAAGGUACUUUAUGGCAGUUAUUGUUAUUGUUUUUGUUUUUUUUUAAGUUCACCGCUCAUUAACUAAAAAGGAAAAGGGCAAUCUGUGGUUUCCAGAAGAUGUAUUUAAUAUCCAGGCAGCUGUGGGAUGGGUCAGUUACAGCCAGGCUAGGAUCGUGAGAACACGGCCGAGCUCAUCCACAAACUCCCAGUCAUCUGGCUGGUUUGUUUGGUAUUCAAAAAGGAGGAGAAAAAAAAGCGCUGGUAGAUUAGAUCAUUCUCAGCAUGUGUAGCUUGACAUUACUAAAGAUAACAGCAUGAGAAAACCGUUAGUACGCAUACCUCAGUUCAAACCUAUAGGGAAUGAUUCAAUUAAAUGAGAAAAAAAUAAACAUUUCACUCAGUUGCACUUAGUUGUAUGUCUUGCAUGUGUAGUCUGAUACUGUAGAGAGAAAAAUGACAAAAAAAGAGGAAAAAAAAAUGAAAUUAGAGCUUGUUUAUCUUAAAGGUUUCAUCCUUUGUUUUUGCCAGACCAAUCCAAACCUCAGGCCUUUUUGUUGAUGGAAAUAUCACCCAGCUGUGUGUGGCACCGCUCAUCCUGUCAAAGUCUGUUCUCUGUUGUACUGAUGGGUUGUUUUAAGGGCGUUCCAAUAUUAGGUUGUACAUACAUGUGGGUAAAGCCUUUGUAUUUCCCUGUCCUUUCCUUUCCUCUCUCUGUCUCUCUCUCUCUCUCUCUCUCUCUCUCUCUUUUUUUUUAAGAUCAAAAAAUACAUUUGUGUUAUGAUGUUUGCUUUAUCGCGACUGCUUUGUAUUAACUAUGAAAUAGCUAUGAGAAAAACUGCUGUAUGUAUUGGAAUAGCAAACUGUGCUGCAAAUGUAUUUUACUUAGUAAUCCUUGCUUUAACACAAAAGAAAAAAAGAAAAAAAUGAAGAAAAAAAUCCCACCAUAAAUGCAGACAUCUGGGUGAGCUGGGCAGGGGCAGGCUGGGGGGGAGAUUAUCCCCGAUUUUGGAUUUUAAACUGUAAUAUAGAAAACAGACUUUUCUCUGUUAUCAUUGACCUAAGCAUUUUGUACAGAUUUUUUGCCCUCUUUGUGUUAAGCUGUUUUUUGAUACUUCCUUUUGAUGGUCCAACCACUGCCUUCUGUGGCUGUAUGUUAAAGAUUACCUGCUCUGAGAAAAAGGGCAGACAGGUAUAUUUCCUCUACAAGACGGAGAUAUCUUGCAUGACUAAUCCCAGGGUCGCAGAGAUGUGGGAGGGAGGUGGGGGAGGGAGGGGGUGGUUUAAGUGGUCAGUAAUAAUAUAAGGGUGUAUCAAUCUAAUGAUAUUUUAUAUGAAAUUAAUAGGAAAAAGAAGAAAAAUAUGCAGUGCCAAGAUGUAAAGAAUAUUGUUAAAUGCUGUUUUGUUUUUAUUUUGUUUGAGAGAUUCAUUUCACUCACUCACGCAUCCAAGAUGUGUCCUUCUCAUCCAUGUCACGUAGGUUAAAGACACUUUUUGUUCGGCAUCAAGAUAUUUAUAUUUUUAUCUCAAGUGGUCAUUGUAAAUGAGUCAAACCAAGCACAGCAGGCAGGUCAAAGGUUAGAUGCUGCUGGAGACUCGGAGCGUAACGCCGGCCGUGUGGCAUCAGAUCCCCCAAAUAUCACACACAUACACUGGCAACCCGAGCUAAAAUGCCAUUGUUUCAUCCAUCACCAACCAUCCAGCCCGCUGUCAUUCUGUCCCCCCUUUCUCUCCCCUUAUACUCUCACAUCACACUUUGUUUCUUUCCAGAUGGAGGGGGAGGGAGGGAGGUUGCAGCCCAGGAGCUGUCACGGUGCUCUCAUCCCGCAGCAGCUUUUCUUUUCCUUUCUUGUUUUUUUUUCUUCCUUUUUCUUUGAAGAUGUACUCUGUAGUUUUUUUUUCCAUUUUUUUAAAGAGAGAAAUAUUAUUGCUCAUCACUUCCAUCAGUCUGUAACCUCCUCAUCAUUCCUCGUCUGUCUGAUGCAGACCACUCUGUUGUAGUCAGUGGCGAUGACUGACGUGAGCAUUCUAAACAUGCAAUAAAAUGCUGGUUGUUCA